GUACCCUGUUUGCGUCGCCAUUUUUGACAGCUGUUGACUGUUGGGCGAAAAGUCGUUAUUUUUCAAGAGUUGAACGGUCGCAAAAACUUUGUUUUCGUAUUUGAUAUUAUUGGAAAUGCGGAUAUUGUUGGAAUUAUAAAUAGUUUGCAUUAUAUUCGGAAAUUAAGGCCGUUAGUGCUACAAAAUGAGUUCAGCAAACUCAGAUUCAGGCCCAAGCAUCACUCUCUCGCUGGUGGCACAAUUCGAUGAUUUGAACCGCUUGAAUAAUGUGCUAAACGAUGGAGCGGCAGAAGAAUGUUUCCUGGCAUUUUUAAAACAAAUAGAAUGGCUGCAAAGCCAGAGGGCGUCAGCUGAGGCAGAAGCAGCUCGGCUCCAAGCUGAGCUGGACGAGGCACAUCGAACCAUAACCAAGUCAGAGACAAAAUUUGCUCAUGUCAGGAAACUACUAGACAGUGAGAAGAGAGAGCGAAAUAUUAUAAUGAAGAAAUAUAAUGAAUUGAGCAAACUGCUAGACAUGGCUCGCGACCUGCUCUUUAAUGAUAACAGAGCCAAGCUGAAUGAUGAGACGCUACAGAAGCUGGCAUUCUUAAAUGGCACCGCUCAACAGGACCACAAUGCCAAGCUCACUGGUGUGCCAGAACUCAAUUCCACAGGUACGCUGCUGUCAGAGAUGUCGUACUCCCGUUCAGAGGACGACUUGGACUUAUCGCUGGCGUCGACGCGUCGCUCGUGGGUGCAGCGCGGCGCGUGGAACGCUCGCGAGAACGUGCCCGCGUCCAAGAAGCGACGCUCGUCAAACUCCUCUGCUACUAAGACAGUGGAGCUGCAGGGUGGCAAGGUGCUGGCCACCGCCACCACGACGCUGACGCUGGAGCGCGCGCCCACCACGCAUGACCUCAAGCCGCCACAGAACUUCCAACCCAUAUCGGAGAGCAGUGACGAGGGUCCGCCGCCACGUAAGUCGUCGGCGCGUAUGUCGGGCAACAUGCAGCCCACGGUCAAGCAGGAGCCUUGCACGCCGAGUGCACCGCCGCGCUCCGACAUAGAGUCUGCGUCGGACAGCCCUGCGGGUGUGGCGAGUGGUGUGAAGCGAGCGGCGUCGGUGAUCUCGGCGGCGUACGGCUCGCCGCGGAACCGUCUGCGGCAGCACUGCUUCGUCGCCAAGAACUUCUACAAGCGCGAGACCUGCGGACCCUGUGGGAACACUAUAAAGUUCGCGAAGUCUGGCCUGAAGUGCGAGAACUGUCGCGCGCAGACGCACCCCGAGUGCCGCGCGCUGCUGCCGCUGCCGUGCGUGCCGCCCGCGCCCGCGCGCCGGCACAACAACCAGGUGGGGUCUAUAGCGGACUACGCGCCGAGCACUCCGCCCAUGGUGCCGGCGCUGCUGGUGCACUGCGUCAACGAGGUGGAGAAGCGGGGCCUCAGCGAGAGGGGCAUCUACCGCAUCAGCGCCACUGAGAAGGAGGUCAAGAGGUUGAAGGAACGUUUCCUAAGCGGUUGCGGCUCGCCGUCACUAACCCAUGAGGAUAUCCACGCGAUAUGCGGCUGCAUCAAGGACUUCCUGCGCGGUCUACAGGAGCCGCUGGUGACUCACGCUCUGUGGUCGGACUUCAUGGCGCUGGCGAGCGUGAGGGAACAGAGCGACGCAGCGGCCGCCGCGCUCCACGCAGUGUCGCAACUGCCGCAACCCAACAGGGACACACUCGCCUUCCUCGUGCUGCAUUUACAGAAAGUAGCCGAAAGCCCCGAGUGUGACAUGCCCAUUCUAAACGUGGCUAAAGUGUUUGGCCCAACAAUAAUAAGCUUUGGCAUUAUGGAUCAAACGCCAGAGAUGUACGCAGCCACUACACAGAUGAUUCAAGCGAUGCAGCUGCUGCUCCAAUUACCGAGCGACUAUUGGUCGCAGUGGGCGUGUCCCAACGCGGAGCUCGGCUCCCCGCACGGCGGCACUAUGACCAAGUCCAGGGGAUUCUUCUUUUCACCAGCGGACACUGGUGUUACGCGGAAGAAGAAACACUACUUCCAGUAUCAGAAAUAGUUAAUUUAGUUUGUUUCGCACUCAUCAUUUAUGUUAACCAGUUUUUGUACAUUGUUAGUUAUUUAAUUAUUUAUCUUUAAGCAUGGAAAUAGUCAUGUUUCCCAAUAUUUUUGACUAACCUGUGUUAUUAUUUAAUAUAUUAUCCAUAUUAGUGGUUAGGAAAUCGUACUAUCCGAAAUAAAUAAUAAUAAAAUAAAAAUCUAUUAUAAUCUUUUCGUUGUUGGGUCAGGGCCGCAUUUAGCGAUAA